CUGUCCGCGGAGCGCGCCGUCACCGGCUACACCGACCCCUACACGGGGGAGCAGAUCUCCCUCUUCCAGGCCAUGCAGAAGGACCUCAUCGUCCGCGACCACGGCCUCCGCCUGCUGGAGGCGCAGAUCGCCACAGGUGGCAUCAUCGACCCCGUGCACAGCCACCGGCUGCCCGUGGACGUGGCCUACCGGCGCGGCUACUUUGACGAGGACAUGAACCGCGUCCUGGCGGACCCGAGCGACGACACCAAGGGCUUCUUCGACCCCAACACGCACGAGAACCUCACGUACGUGCAGCUGCUGCGUCGCUGCGUGCUCGACCCCGACACGGGGCUCUACAUGCUGCAGCUGGCCGGCCGGGGCUCCGCCGUGCACCAGCUGAGCGAGGAGCUGCGCGGCGCCCUGCGUGACGCCCGCGUGGCGCCGGGCCACGGCGUGCUCCAGGGCCAGAGCGUCUCCAUCUGGGAGCUCCUGUUCUACCGGGAGGUGCCCGAGGGCCUGCGGCAGGACCUGCUGUGCCGGUACGGGGCGGGCGCGCUGACCGUGCAGGAGGUGGGCGCUGCCCUCACCUCGCUGCUGGCCCGUGCCAGCGCCGACGGGAGCGGGAGCCCCAGCCCGGUUCCCCCGGACCCCCGCGGGGCCCUGCGUGCCGCCACCAUGGAGGUCAAGGUGGGCCGCCUGCGGGGGCCGGCGGUGCCCGUGUGGGACGUGCUGGCGUCCAGCUACGUGAGCGGCGCCACGCGGGAGCAGCUGCUGGCCGGCUUCGGCUCGGGGACGCUGGGCUUGCCGGCGCUGACCCGCAGGCUGACCACCAUCAUCGAGGAGGCGGAGGAGGCUGCCCGCGGCCCGCAGGAGGGCCGGCCAGCCGGGCGAGGUGGCGGGGAUGGCGACGUGGGGCCCUCCCCGGGCCAGGCCCCCGCCGAGCCCACCGCCGGCGGCCCCCAGGAGCAGGCCCUGCGUGCCAUCACCAUGGAGGUGCACGUCGGCCAGUUCCGGGGGCGGCGGCCCUCCGUGUGGGACGUCCUCUUCUCCUCCUACCUGAGCCGGGCCCGCCGGGACGAGCUCCUGGCCCAGCACGCGGCCGGCGCCCUGGCCGUGCCGGCCCUGGUCGCCGUCCUCACCCAGGCCAUCGAGGAGGCGGAGGAGCGGCUGAGCAAGGUGUCCUUCCAGGGCCUGAGGCGCCGCGUGUCCGCCUCCGAGCUGCACACGUCCGGGAUCCUGGGCCCCGAGACCCUGCGGGACCUGGCCCAGGGCACCAGGACGCCGCAGGAGGUGACGGAGAUGGACUCGGUCAAGCGCUACCUGCAGGGCACGAGCUGCAUCGCGGGCGUGCUGGUGCCCGCCAAGGACGAGCCCGGGCGGCAGGAGAAGAUGAGCAUCUACCAGGCCAUGUGGAAGGGCGUCCUGCGGCCCGGCACGGCCCUGGUGCUGCUGGAGGCACAGGCGGCCACGGGCUUCGUCAUCGACCCCGUGCGCAACCAGAGGCUGACGGUGGAGGAGGCGGUGGCCGCGGGCGUGGUGGGCGGCGAGAUCCGGGAGAAGCUGCUGUCCGCGGAGCGCGCCGUCACCGGCUACACCGAC